UGAAUGUAUGUUGGGAAAACUGGUAGAUUUUAAUGUAAUGGGUAAAUGACUGUCAACUGUCUGGAUCUAUUAAAAGCCAGACUGCCUCAUUUCAGAUGACUGCUCCAGAACUACUUUCACAAUCUGUUUCCAGGUCAAGUGAAAAGAGGAACAAUGGCUACUCCGAUUAUGGCUUCUGCAAUCAUUGAAAAGGAAAGACAAAUGCUAGUUAAAAUUCUGCAGCAAGAUCUUGAUUCUUUGUUAGAUACAUUAACUUCUCGGAGCCUAAUUUCCGAAGAGGAGUAUGAGGUCUUGGAAACUGUCACAGAUCCACUGAAGAAAAGUAGGAAGAUGUUAAUUCUGAUACAGAAGAAGGGAGAGAGAAGCUGUCAGCAGUUCCUUGAAUGUUUACAUAGUGCUUUUCCGGACUCAGCAACCAGUUGGUGUUCUGUCCCGGAAUUUGUUAAACAAGAGAAAGGACAUGAGAAAGCUGAAGCUCCUCUAUUCAUAGAAGAGAACAAGAAUUCAGAAGUUACCCUAUUCUCUGAAAAGAAACAGUUCAAAAACACUGAUGUCCUUAUGUCUUUGGAAGAGAAGAGCCAAGAUCUAAAAACUACUGGGCCUUUGGGGAACAAGGGAGUUAGUAAUUUAGCAGUCAUUUUGUCCUCCAGGAAGGAGGAAGAGGAAGAGGAAGAAGAUGAACUGGAAGACACAGUGUAUUCAGAGGAUGAAGAGGCCUAUGAAAAUCCAGAAGUUGUUGUGUACUUAGGGGAAGAAUGGGAAAGUGAGAGUCCAGAUACUGAUUUAUACUUAGGAGAAAGGGAUUAUCUAGAACCUGUGGCAUAUUUUGAAGAUCCAGAAUCAGCAGAGGAAGAGGAAGCCAGUGUGGAUCUGGAGUACACCGAGUACUGUGGGGAAAAUGACAUGACUGGGUAUUUGGACGAUGAACAGAACUAUGAGAAUUUAGAGACUCAAGUGUCCCUGGAGGAGGAGGAGGCAGCAGAGUUAGAAGAGAGAAGAAAAACAUUUAAAGAAAUCCUGUCAUGUUUGGAAAUGGACAGGAAUAGAAAGCUUCUACCAAGUUUUGUUCAUCAGUUCCAAUUGGACCAUGGAUGUCAUUGGAUCCCUCAGACAUCAGCUGACUUAUCAUGGAAUUUCCUAGUAAAAAUUCGGUCCUUGGAUAUAACUGCCAGAGACACAGUCCUCAGCCAGAGGGUCACAGAUGAGGAUGGCAAAGAGGAACUGAUCACUAAGGUUGAAAAUAUGGGUCUUAGAGACAAGGACACCAUUAACCCCCUUGAUGUCCUUUGUGCCGUCAUGCUUUGUUCCGACAACUCUUUGCAGCAGGAGGUCUUGGGGAACAUGUUUAAGUGCCACUUUGCUCUUCCCCUGCUGCUACCAGAUGCAGAGAACAAUAAGUGCAUUUUGAUGCUGGAGGCCAUGAAGAACAUUGUGCCAAAGGACUCAAUACAUUCCCUAGGAAAUGCUGCUCAGGUUGGUGUAAAGUCCUUAGUGUUUAUGAAAAUGCCACUUAUCUCUUUUGUUCGAUUGGGGUGCUGUGGUUUAUCUAAAUCCAGGAUCCUUAAUGCAGUGCUCAGCCCUCCCCAAAAGCAGCCUCCCCACAUCUUUCUCCAUCGAGACUCCCAUGCCUCAUUACUUCCUCGGCAAAUCUCUGAUGGCUUGGUUGAGAUUACUUGGUGUUUCCCUAAUAGUGGCACCGGAAAGGAAAAUCCUGACUUUUUCCAAGAGCCUGUGGCUGUGGCUAACCUUAGGGGAGAUCUGGAGUGCUUCUGGACACAGUUUGGCUUUUUAAUGGAAGUCUCCUCAGCUAUGUUCAUUUUCACUGAUUGUCCAGGUGAGAGGGAAUGGGACCUCCUGGCAUUUCUAGGAGAAUCUGCUAAGGAAAGAUGCUACUUCAUUCUCAGUCCCCAGUCUAGGGAGAGUGAGGAAGCCCAAUUGUUCCAGAGAGUUCUGAAGCUGAAGCCAUCACAACUGCUGCUUCUAGAGGAAAGUGAUAUGGAGAACAGAGGAACGUAUGCAGAGGGUCUCCAAAAAGCCCUGAAGGAGGUAAUGCGCUCUCCUCUCAUACAUGUGUCAGUGGAAGAUAUGGCAUCAUUGGCCAGAGAGUUGGGGAUCCAGGUGGAUCAGGACUGUGAGAAAGCCCAAGGUGUCCAAGGAACCCUUAGUGAAGCCACAGCUGAGGCAGGUGAGGAUGGGGUACCCCAGAGCCAUACUCAGUCCACAAAUGUAUCAGGAAGCCAGUGUCAAAUGCCUACAAGACAGGCUAGGAUUUUUAGGGGAGUCCAUCCCCAACCUCAUGCUUUCUACCAUACUACAUCAUUUGCCUCUGGCCCAUGGGCUUGGAGGCACCCAGUGACUGUAAUUAAGAGCAAUCUUUACUGGGCUCCUCCAAGACCCUACUGGGCCAUGGGCUGCAAUGCGUGGUCAGGGGUUAGGCCCAGAUGGUUAGGCCCUCUGGCCUUUCACAAUAGAAGGGCCAAUAUACGAGGCAGAAGUCCUGGUAGAGGGGCUUGCAUACCCCAGAGAAUUAAUCAAGCUGAAACAUUAGUGAAAUCCUCUAGAUCUCCCCUAGUACAUCAUUUCGUAAGACCACCCAGACCCAAUUUUCAAACUGUACAGGUCCCAUACCAUGGAUUUCAAUCAAAAAAUUUAAAAGCCAGUAGAUUCACCUACCAGGCAGGUCAUUUGCAAACCCUAGGACCACAGCCAUCAGGAACAUCUAUUCAACCUAUUAGACCAAAUUUCCAUUUAGGGUGGUUCCGGAACCCAGGAUUCCAACAUGUAGGAGUGACCAGGAGACCUAUGAGACAAGCAUCAAGUUCAGGACAAUACCAGUCUACAGAAGCACAGUCUACAGAAACAUCUAGAAGGCCAACCUCCCAAUCACAGGUAUCAAAGCUAAGAAGAACAUCUGGGACCCUGAGAUCUCAGCCCUCAGGAGUAGCUGAGCCGUCAACAAAAUCGUCCUGUCAUAUAGGAAGCUCCAGGACCCAGCAACCUCAACCUGCCGGAACAACUAGGGGGCCCAUAGGAGCUUCCUGUUGGCCGGGAGCACAUAAACAGCACCAGGGUCAGAGCACAAAACCUGCUUCCAAAACAGAACGCUCGUCCAAUUAUAGUAGUAAACCCUCACCCAAGUCCCAGUCCAAGCCUCCUCAAAAAAAGCCAUCCAGCUCCACAGGAGGAGCUAAGAGGAGAGGAAAGUAAUAAAUGCUUAUUCUACAGCCCAGUGAGUCUAAUUAUCAAGAGGCAGCUAAGUGGUGCAGUGGAUUGAAUGCUGGAUCUAAAGUCAGGAAAACCUGAGUUCAGAUCUUGCUUCAGAUGUUUACUUUCUGUGAGACCCCAGACUUAAUCUCUGUCUGCCUCAGUUUUCUCAUUUGUAAAAUGGGGUUAAUACUAGAAGUUACCUCCCAGGGUUAUCGGGGGGAUAAAGUGUGAUGCUAUUUGUAAAGGUCUUUGCAAACCUUAAAAUACAUGUGAGUGCUAGCAAUUAUUAUUCUUUUUAUAAACAAAGUCUCCUUAACUAUUACUAUGUAUUCCACAUAACCACUCAUUUGCCAGAUUAAUUUAUCUGACAUGCUACUUGAUUGUGUUACCCUGUUGCUAGAGAACCUUAAAUAGCUUCCUCUUGCCUAUAGAAUAAAUGAAAAUUCCCAAAGCCCUCUAUAAUCUGGCUUUAAGUUAAUUGUUGGGCUGGUGAGGUUGAGGAGCCUGGAUUUAAGGGUCCCGUUUUUCUCCAUCUUCUCCAGAAUAAAGGCAUUCCUGGCAUUGCAACCUCACCAUCUUAGUCAGAUAGGGUAGGUGUUCCCCGAUAGGCUCUGUGUUAAUAGGAAGGAUCCCACAAGGUUUGGAAACAGAAACAGUUCUCUUCCAUUCCAUUCCACAAAUAUUUGUUAAAAUGACUACUGUCUUCAGAGCCCUGUGCUGGGCUCUGGGGAUAUUGGUUUCAUUCUGUGUACAUAGUUCUCCAGUGCCCAGCACAGUGCCUGGCACCUAGUUGGUGCUGAAUUUGCUUGUUGAUUGAUUGAUUUCUAGUCAUUUGAUUGUUAAAGGAAGGGAAGAUAUGGGAUGAUAGCUUGAAGGGAAGGCUGAGUCAAGAAAAAGUCUUUUAAGGAUGAAGGAGAUGCAGGCAUAUUUGCUAUUAGUGUAGAAGGAACUGGAAAAUAAGAUUGAAGAUGAGAGAGAGCAGGGAUAGGAUUAUGAGCAUAAGUAGAAGGGUUAUCCUGGGUAAGAAGGGCAUCCCCAGAGAAUGGGAAAAAGGGUUAAAGAAUAGGAGAAAAUAGAGGUUUUAGGGUAUGGAAAAAGUGAGUUCAUUUUGGAUGGCUGAGAAGGCAGUGGUAGAGUAGGGGGAUUGAGAAAAGAAGAGUUAGUACAUCAUUUUAGGCCAUCAUACGGUGAUAGAAAGUCAAUGAGGAUGAAUAUGAAUGUGAAAGCAGGACCAGAAAAACAACAUACCCAAUGAAAACUGAAACUAAGCACUGUGUAAUAUAAUAAACAAGCUUGACCCUGAAGAAAAGAUGAAAAAAAAUGCACUUCCCUCCUUUCUUUGCAGAGGUGGGGGACUGUGGACAUGAAACAUUGGAUGUUUUGUCAGACUCAUUGUUAACAACUUUGUUGAUGAGUUGGUUAAUUUUACUGAACCACUUCCCAGCCUCAAACCCUUUCAUUCUGAUUCCUUAUUACAAGUGGUUUGGUGAGAAUCAGUUGAUCAGGAUUGUCUGGACCAUUUCCUUCCAUUAUACUAGAGAGAGAUCACUGGCGAGGGGAAGAAAUAAAGGUGAUACAAAAACAAAACUAAUGAGUUUUUUUUUUAAAGAAGGUCAAUCAGGGAAGAAUAAGAAGAUUACAAUCCAGAUGGGAUUAGAAUACAUAGUUUUGUAGUGAAUCCAAGAUUAUGUGGUUCUGUGACUUCUUCCAGAAGGAAGAACCAGGAGUAGAGAAGGCAGAGAAUGGGGGUGACCAUUGGUUGGGGGUUGGUAAGCUGGGAAGGAUGAUAACACAAGGGGACAGAGGAUUCAAAAGGAGAAGGUAGUGAAUAGUUGAACUGAAGAACCAAUGAGUCAGGACUGUGAAGAGAGUAAAGUGAAGCUAGUGGUGGACUGGGAAAAUGGGGGAGGGGGUAGAAACAUGAAACAUAUAAAGAUGAAAAAUAUGGUUAGGAGGAAUGAGGCAGAGUACAUGGAAGGAUAAAGAAUUUUAACAUUUAGUAUUUCAAUAUUUGGUAAAUUGUAUCUGUUAUCAAUGUUUGCCUAUAAAUUUCCAUCUGUAUGUCAUUAGACAGAAGACAAGAUAUAAUCAUUAAUACAUAACUGGAAAAACUUCAGCAAAUAAAUAAAUAUUGGA